ACUGGCAUUUAGCAUAUCCCAACUAUAUAUAUAACACCCAACCUGCUUUGGCACUCAUAUAUCCUUCUAUAAAUUAUAUAUUUCAAAAGCUAGCUCAGCCAAACAAGGAUAUCAAAGCCAUAAACAUAUUUUAGAUUUGCUUCCUGGUUCCAACUCUUGAUCGAUCUGAUCAAGAAGUUGAUCUCUUCUCUACUACUUCUGUUGCUACCAACCACAACCAAGCCCUAAUUAAUUAGUUAGCCAAUUACGAUUGAAAAUAUGGGUCUGAGGGACAUUGGAGCCACACUGCCUCCUGGGUUUCGAUUCUAUCCAAGUGAUGAGGAGUUGGUCUGCCACUAUCUCUACAAAAAGGUCACAAAUGAGGAAGCUUUGAAGGGUACUCUGGUCGAAAUUGACUUGCAUACUUGUGAGCCAUGGCAGCUUCCUGAGGUGGCAAAGCUGAACGCGAACGAGUGGUACUUCUUCAGCUUUCGUGACCGGAAGUACGCGACCGGGUUCAGAACCAACCGGGCGACGACGACCGGGUACUGGAAAGCUACCGGAAAAGACCGGAUGGUGGUGGAUCCGGGAACAGGGGACAUCGUAGGGAUGAGGAAGACGCUGGUGUUCUAUCGGAACAGAGCUCCCAAUGGAAUUAAAACUGGGUGGAUCAUGCAUGAGUUUCGCCUCGAGACCCCACACAUGCCUCCCAAGGAGGACUGGGUUCUGUGCCGGGUUUUCCACAAAGGCAAAGGAGAGAUGAACGACAACAUGAACCUCAGCCCUCAUGACCUUAUGUUGGAGACCAAAACAUCAUGCCCUGCUGCGUUAACAUCUCCUCCAACUCAUCAUGACCAAAACAUGCACUGUGGAUAUAGUAACCAGAUCACCUCAUUUUCCACCACACCAGUACCUCACCAAAGCCAUAGCCAUAGCCAUAGCCACAAUAACCAAAGCAAUUCUCUGCUCAACCUCCUUCAGCUUUCUGAAGAAAAAUAUACCGACUCUAUCACCGAAAUAAGCGCAAAAAAUGACGAUGAUUAUGGAUUUUUAUGGGACAUGAAUCUUGAAGAAAAUAGCUUUGAAACAGGUACUUUGGACGACAUGAGAUUUGAGAUGGAGAACAGCAUGGUUUUGCUAUGAAUUAGAAAACAUGCAGAUCCUACACACUCCAUAUUACACACAUACCCAUUUGUUGAUUUGUGAUAUAAAUAUAUUUGUGGUAAAUAUUUGGCUUGAUUGGAUAUAUAUUAUUGUUAGAAGGUUGUGCUUAGUCUGUGUUAGGUUCGACUCUUUUUUUCCUUCUUGUAUACGAACUUCGUUAUUUGUAAAAAUGCUAUCAAUUUAUAUAAAUUCUUCAUUAGUGUUAGA